AUGAGCCUGCCGCGGGCCGCCUGGGCCGAGGGCGCCCGGGAGCUGGGGGCGCCGGAGCCGCCGCUGGGCCCGGAGGCGGGCGGCUGCGGCUUCGCCCCGGGCUGGCUGGGCGUGUGCUGCGCCGCGCGCCUGCCCGCCGCCUCGCCCCGCUACCUGCUGCCCGGGGAGGAGGAGGAGGAGGAGGAGGCGGCGGCGGCGGCGGAGGGGAGCGCGGCGCGGGGCGGCGGGAGCAGCCCCGGCGGGGCGCGGGGCACGGCGGCGGGCGGCGGGCGGCCGCGGGGCGGCGGCGGGCCCGGCCUGCGGGCGCAGGUGAGCGGCGUGCAGAAGCAGCGGCGGCUGGCGGCCAACGCGCGGGAGCGGCGGCGGAUGCACGGGCUGAACCACGCCUUCGACCAGCUGCGCAACGUCAUCCCCUCCUUCAACAACGACAAGAAGCUCUCCAAGUACGAGACGCUGCAGAUGGCGCAGAUCUACAUCAGCGCCCUGGCCGAGCUGCUGCACAGCCCCGCCGCCCCCCCCGACGCCCCCGGCAAGGCCGAGCACCGCGGGGCUCCCUUCGAGCCGCCCUGCGCCGCCGGGGCCGGGCCGCCGCCGGCGCCGCCGCCGGGGCCGCCGAGAGCCUCGCCCCCCGGGCACGGCAGGACUCGCUUCCCCCCGCCGCCGGCCGCGGGGGGUUACUCGGUGCCGCUCGACCCGCUGCACUUCCCCUCCUUCGCGGAGGGCGCCCUGAUGGGACAGAGAGCCCCCUCCCCCGCCCUCCUCGUGCCGCAGCCCGGGCAGCCGCCGCAGGAGCGGAGCAAAACGUCGCCCCGGUCCCACAGGAGCGACGGGGAGUUCUCGCCCCGCUCCCACUACAGCGACUCGGACGAGGCCAGCUAG